CUCUGAUCCACUGUUUUGACCAGCUCUCUUGAUUCUGUUUCCUGUGUUACUGGUGGUCCAUUUGUUGGUUGCGCUUUGAUUUAUAAUUCUUCGGUUUGCCAUUCGAUAUAUCUCUCUUUUCCCAGGCUCCUUUGGCUCGCCAUCUCUUUUCCAUCUUUUUUGGUUUCUUCAGCACAAUAUGCUUCCAAGUUAUGAUAGAACUCGUAUUUGCAGGGAGCCAACAUCUCCAAGAAAGGGUAUCUUCACCUCAAACUCCUCCACCUGGAAAAAACUACGAGGAAAGGCUGUUCUAGCUGCCACUGCUGCCAACAACGCCUAUCUCAUUCAGAACGAUAAAUCUCUAUACAAGCAUAGACUAUCCUCAUCUUCUGCCACCUCAAAUUCAAUCUCCCACUCGGUUUCAAACUUGAACUUGAGCCCGUUGUCUAAUGACCCAAAUAUCCUGUCUUCUACUAACACACACACAAAUAACAAUAACAAUAACAAUAGCAAUAACAAUAACAAUAACAAUAACAAUAACCACAAUGAUAUUAAUGACGACUACGAUGACUUGAACCAUUUCCAUGACUUGGAUCUCGAUAUUGAUGUCGACAAUUUAGACCGGUCUCUAUUAUAUCUUAAUGGCAACCUAAACUCAAACUCCAUUGAAUUUGGUGAAAACGCUGAAUUGUAUAUCGCAUACAAAGACUCCUUUGAAAUUUGGGACUGGUUCCCUAAUAAUAACGAUAACAAUAACAAUAACAAUAACAAUAACAAUAACAACAACUACUUGGGUGGAACUCUUCACUUGAUUGCUUCAAAACAUAUUCAAAACAUCGACAAAAUCAUCUCCAUCACUCCAAUAGACUCCAUCAGAUCCUCUUCAACAUACAACGUAAUCAUUUCCUACUACAAAUCAAACCAAAAGAAAAACUUCUUUUUCAUUUAUUACUCAAUUAACUUAUGCACCCCCGAAAACUCCUUUAAAAAACUUCUUUCUCUCCCUUCCUCAAACAUCGGCACUCCUCCAUACAAAAUCAAAUCCUCUUUAAACUUCUUUGUAGUCUCUUCGGCUGAUGGCUAUUUAUCCAUCUUUGAUAAAUCUAACAUCUCUCCUAUCUUUUCCCAUUCUUUGAAAACAAAGUCCUCUCACAAUAUUACCCCAAUCUUCGACCUUUCUGGUAGAUGGUUAGCUUAUAUUCCCCAAUUCAAUUCUUCUUCCAACUCUUCUCCAAACUCUAAUUCUAAUUCUAAUUCUAAUGAUCCUUCUAAUGAACAUAACAUCUCUAAUGACAAUAUCUCUCCAUCUAACCAGCCUAAUAACAAUCUCGAUGAUCCAAAUUACAACCCCUCCUCCAAUGUCUCCUAUCUAAAUAAGAAAUCAAUAAACCUAACCUCACUAAGAUUACCAGACCAAUCUCCCCUAAUUAAUAGAGUCGUAAACAACCUAUCAUCUGCUGCAAUUGAUGGCUUUCUAAAGCUUUCUCAUUUGAGCUCUUCAAAAAUCAAAAACUACCUCAAUGAACCAAACACUCCCUUCAUCAGCUCUAACCCACACGCAGCUACCAACACUCCCAACUCUCUCGAUCAAUCAACAACAAUCAAAUCCUUAGUCAGCAAUAUCAUGAAAAAUGAUAAAUUCAAAAACUCUUCGCCGGAUUUCGUAGUCAUAAUGGACUUGGUAUCCAAAAUCAACCUCUGCAUCUUCAAACCUUCAAAUGGGGUCUCAAAUCUUUCUUUAUCCCCUUACGACUCUCAUUUGGCUACUUGCAACACUAGGGGUGAUAAUAUCUACAUUUGGGAUCUCACAAGAAUGCCUCUAGAGGUUUCAUUGGUUGCAAAAUAUAAUCGUGGAAAAAUAUCUGCUUCUAUCGACAACAUCUUGUGGUCCAUUGGUAAUUCGGCUUUAGCCGUCGUCACAAAGAAAUCUGGCUCCUUACACUGGUUUUCAUCGGAUUUCUACAAUGAUGUUAAUAACAACAACAUCAAAUACUCGAGAAACAAUAAUAGCUGGAUUCUAUCAAACAUCGGCCUAUCCAAAAUAUCCUUGGGCCCCAAAAUAGCUGAAAUUCCACUGCUUCACAAUAUCAAUAAUGAGUCCUUUGGCUUCCAAUUUAGAGACCAAAAUAUUGAAAUCAUUAGAAACAAUAUCCUACAAUAUGGCCUAAUGAAAAGUUGUAUAUUAUCUUUAAACUUAUACAAAAACUCGAUUUUUGUUAUAUCCCCAGAUGAUGGUUCUAUUUCUUGGAAAUACCAAUUGCCAAUUGCUCCAAUUCCACAAUCUCUCCUACCAGAUCAUUUGAUAAUUAACAAUAUUGAAGAAAAACCAAACCAAAAUACCAUACUCACUGAAAGCAAUAAUCACAUUAAUGGCAAUGGCAUUAACACUCACGAUAAUACUCACGAUGAUACUGAAAAUAGUAGCGAAAAUGACACCGAAAGUGAAAAUGAAAACGAAAAUGAUAAUAAUUAUAACCACCUUGAUGGUCAUUCCAACUUUAAUCUUAAUUCUAAUCACCCAAACUCCAACACUCCUAGAAGAAACAUCAACAAUCAAAUUGAUUAUGAUUUCGUUGAUCCUUUAUCUGAAGUUGAACUAGAAACUUGUUUUCCAUUUGCAGCUUUUCAAAAUAACAGAAGAUUCCAAAUUGGCUAUUACAAUUUCAACAAAAAUAUCAAACAAAGCAAUGCAUUAAAUGCUAAAAAUUACACAAGCAGUCUUUUUUCAAUAGUUGAACCAUUGGAUCCAAUCACUGGAUUGUACAAACACAAUACAGAACCACAAGCCAACAAUAACGAUUUCCUCAACGACAAUAGUGAUAUUGAGGAUGCAAAAAUGUUCAUCAACAACUAUAAUGUGUUUGGUAAUGGGUUUACAGUCGAUACGUUGAAGUUUGGAAAAGGGUCUGGACUACCAGUUUUUAAUUCAACCAACAACUGUCAUAAUACUACUCCUAAGACUAGUGCAAACGAUGAUGAUACUUUUAAUGAUAAUGAUAACGAACAUAAAUAUGAUGAUGAUAUAUAUGAAAGUGGAGAGAUGGAAGGUCUUGAAAAUCUCCGUCGUGCAAUGGAAAGUGUUUUGAUAUUUAAUGAUGAAUAG